AUGGAUACCCGCACUGUCCCGCCGUCGAAUCAGCCCCAGAUGUCCUCCGCCGGAAAGGUCAGCAAGGCUUGCCAGCGCUGCCGUCGCCACAAGAGCCGCUGCGACCUCUUCCGUCCAUGCACUCUCUGCGUCCGCGCCGAGGCCGAGCGGCAAAAGCUCUCGAAUCCCAGCACCAAUCGCCAGCCUGCAGAGUCCGCCUCGGGAGAUGCCCGCACGAGCAACACCACUCGGGAUGUGCCCGAGGUGGAUCAACCUGCCCGGACCCCCGUGUCAGUCCGUGAAAUGUCCCACGUCGACGACUAUGGCGAAGCCGACUCGACCAUGGGCAUUACCCGCAGGAUAUUCCAGCUGGGGAGUCGGGACAUGGACCUGAGGGUCUGCUCGGCCAUCCCUGACGGAGAAAACCUCGCCCGUGGAGCCCCUCCCGCUGCUACUCGCGAUGUUCGCCCCAUAUCUGCCAUACUCGGAUACUCCCUGCCAUCCCGGCCUGUCGUAGAGUUCCUCCUCGAAGAGUACUUUGAGCUCGUGCACUGGUUCUCGCUGGUCAUCUACGAGCCGCUGUUCCGCAAGGAGUACAACAGCGUUGCUGAUGGCUUCGCCUCACCAUCACAAAAGGGCUUUUUGACUCUGCUAACCAUAGUCCUCGCCCUCGCUGCGUGGUACCGCUCUCAGAAGCACGUCGCCGAGGAAGCUUUCCCUGGCGAAGACUUCCGCGCCUGGAGCUCCGACCUGCUGCGCCACACGGAGCUGCAGCUGUUCGAUUUGAUGGACGACUGCUCGCUAACUUCGGUCCAGGUUUGCAUCCUGCUGGGUUCGUACGGUGUGUACCAUGGGAAGCCUAACGUCUCGUUCGCUCUGCUGGGCGCAAGCAUCAAGAUGGCCCAGGCCCUCCGCUUGCACAGAGAGUCCUCUCGGGGUGAUCCCAGCGCCAUCGAGGAGCGGAAGAGAGUGUGGUGGACCAUUUACACGUGGGACAGGUUCGCUUCCAUCACUUACGGGCGGCCCCUGGGGAUCAAUGAGAAAGAUUGCAACGUCUCAAUGCCAGCCGAUGUUCUGGAGGACCCCUCCUUUAAGUACAGCGGCAGCAGCGGCGCUAAUACCCUGAUCCAUUAUUCGGCCUAUCAGCGCGAGCUGAACACUCUGUACCAAAUUGCUUCGCCCAUGAUUGAGGCCAUCUUCGGUACACGUGGCGGCGAAGCAGCCUCUCAGAGCGAUCGAGCUGCCAUGGUCACGGAAAUCGAUAAGCAGCUAAGGGACUGGCACCAGCGGCUGCCCCCGCAUUUAGUCCUCGACCUUAACAACGACACCCGAGUGGACAGUCUUGCAGAGGCGAGGGCGCACAGGCUCCAGGCCCUGUCCCUCCAGCUUACGUACGAUAACAUUGUCAUUGUCCUCCACCGGCCUUUCUUCGCUCAGCAGGUGCACUACCUGACGAGAGUUCUGCCCGUGAACUUGCAAGGCUCCACGCCAUCCACGUACGCGGCCGACACGCCCCAGUCCAUGGUCAUGCCCGGCAGCUUCAGCUCCGAGACGUGGUGGAACGCAGCGGUGAGGACCUCCCGGGUCACGGAGCUGCCCAACCUCGCCCAGCUCGCCACCGAGACCCACCUCGUCGCCUUCCUGGCCAUCAACCUCUUCAACUCGGCCAUUGUCAUGGUCGUCUGCGCGCUUUCAGACCCUCUCUCUGACCGAGCGCAGGAAGCGAAACGGAACAUCACGCGCAUCUACCGCCUGCAGGAACUGCUGGGGUACCGCUCCAAGCUGCCAAUGCAGAGCAGCGUCAUCCUGCAGGAUGUGAUCCGCGUCUUGCUGAAUCGAGAGGCCGAGGCCAUGUUGACGUCUGUGAUUAUGCCGCCGGCCCAGUCGCAGCCCGAGCAGGACGCGGCUUUGAGCAUGGCUUCGCACGGACGCUCGCGUACUGUCGAGGAUACCUUGAGGUUGCCACUCGACAUCCCUUCCACCACCGUGGAAUCUGCCGGCGUCAUGGGUGAUACGCAGACCGAGUCUUCGCGUGAGGCUGCCCGACUGAAUGGCGGCCUUGCAUCUGUACAGAGGGUACUGCCGACUACUAGGGCCGAGUCUUUGAGUUCUGCGGCCUCACAGAUGGGUCAAGCUCGCCAAGAGCUCAUGCAGGGCGACUUUGAGGGCACUACCUCCCAGAAAGACCCAAAUGGAUACAGUGCGAUAGGGUCGCCUCUGGGGAGCGCGCUACAAGGCGAAAAAGAUCUAUACUGGAUCUGGAGUUCAGUGGCGGAUUGGCCAUAG